ACUGUGAAAGUAUAAUUGUGAAAAGUAUAACUGUGAAAGUAUAAUUGUGAAAAGUACUGAGUGAAAAUUGGCAAGUUAAGGCGAACAUUAGGAAAGUGCAUCCAUUCUCCCGUCUAGGUUAUGUCUAUUCUAUGCCCGAUGCCUUUUCACUGGCAUCGUUACACGGCAGUGCCAAACUGUGUUAUAUAGAAAAUAUGGCGUAAAGUGAAUGUCGCACAUGUCUCUCAGUGAUAUUGGUAAGGGAUCAAGUGUCACAUCGGGAAUUUCUAUAUUCGACGUCCGAGAGAGAAGUACAUCGACUCGCCCAUCACGUGAUUGAAACAGAUCUGAGAAUGACUAACACAGAAUUUGAAACACAAGUCGUUCAGAUCAUGGUUUGUAGAGCAGGUCAAAUAUGUUUUAUUCAAUGCAAUUUAUCUGGAGUUAAAAAUAAGAUCUUUACUGCUGACAGACUUCUGCUUCAUGAAUCUACCCGUGGUGAGGAUCUUUAUGUUCAAAUUGAAGAGCUUUGUCAAAUACAACCAGACAGUUUUAAGUUGUAUUUAUUAUUAGGCAGAAAAUUGAUCGAUUUAUCUGAAGUGAAAGAUAAAACAAUGUCAGAAAUUGGUGUGGAUUUUUCUUUCGAUCGAGAAUCAUCAACUGAACAUAAGCAUACACUUUUAGUUAUGGAUCCAACAGAUAUUUUGCAGAAGCAAUGGCGCCGUCAGACUGCAUAUAAUCCUCCACCACCAUCUCCUAAUCAUUCAUCAGUAUGGGGUGAAGAUAAUAAUGUUGAUUUUAAAAGCUAUGUUGGUUUAGUCAAUCAAGCAAUGACAUGUUACUUAAAUAGUUUAUUACAAGCAUUAUAUAUGACUCCUGAAUUUCGAAAUGCAUUGUAUAAUUGGGAAUAUGUAGAAGGAUCAGAAAAAGAUGAAGCUAAUAGUAUCCCAUAUCAAUUACAGAAGUUAUUUUUAAAUUUACAAACAUCGACAAAAUCGGCAGUAGAAACAACAGCACUAACAAAGAGUUUUGGUUGGGAUUCUACAGAAGCCUGGCAACAACAUGAUAUUCAAGAACUUUGUAGAGUUAUGUUCGAUGCAUUAGAACAAAAGUUUAAAAAUACAGAACAAGCUGAUUUGAUAAAUAGACUUUAUGAAGGAAAAAUGAUUGAUUAUGUUAAAUGUCUUGAGUGUAGUACUGAAAAAUCUAGGGAAGAUACUUUUCUUGAUAUACCAUUACCAGUAAGACCUUUUGGAAGUAACGUGGCAUAUACAAGCGUGGAAGAAGCUUUAAGAGCAUUUGUCCAACAUGAAAUUUUGGAAGGAAGUAAUCAAUAUCAUUGCGAAAAAUGUAAUAAAAAAUGCGAUGCUCAUAAAGGAUUAAAGUUCACAAAAUUUCCCUAUCUUUUGACGCUUCAUCUUAAACGAUUCGAUUUUGAUUUCAAAACCUUUCACAGAAUUAAACUUAAUGAUAAGGUUACUUUUCCAGAUAUAUUAAAUUUAAAUUCUUUUGUUGCUUCUAUGCCAAAUCAAGAAUCUCCAAGUAUUGAUGAAAAUAUUGGUUUAGCAAAAUGCGACGAUAAUUCUAUAACAGAUAGUGGUACAUUAGAUGAUGAUUGUCCUCCGUGUGAAAACAGUCUUCCUAACAGUAAUCAUUCGACAAAUCACGACCAGGAUGAUGAUGAAGGCAUAGAUAUGAGUAAUGGACCUUCUACAUCGAAUUGCACUGUGCAUAAUCAUGAAAAUGAAAAAGAUCGUAGCAAUAAUGUAAAAGGACCUUACAAUUAUGAGUUGUUCUCAAUUAUGAUUCAUAGCGGCAGUGCUAGCGGUGGUCAUUAUUAUGCUUAUAUAAAAGAUUUUAGAACGAAUGAAUGGUUCUGUUUUAAUGAUCAGAAUGUAACCCAGAUAACUCACGAUGAUAUUCAGAAAACCUAUGGUGGUGGUUCAACUAGGUCAUAUUUUAGUGGAGCUUAUAGCAGUACUAAUGCGUACAUGCUUAUGUAUAGACAAAUUGAUCCCAUUCGUAAUACUUUGCCCAUACAAGUGCAAGAUUUUCCAAAACAUAUACAGGAAUUGUUGAAAAAAAUGAAGGAGAAUGAAGACAAUGAUAGAAAGAAUCGUGAAAGAGAUUUGGCCAGAGUAAAAGUAUAUUGUCAGCAUCCUAAUGAAGAUAAAAAAUUACAUUGUAGACUUUCCUUCUCGCCUAAUGCCACUUGGGCUGAAACGACGAAGUAUGUUUAUGAAAACUUUUGCUUAGAAAGAAUGGUGAGCUUAAAUCAAUGUCGUUUAGUUGUUUACGACCACAACAAUGACUUAAUUAUGACUAGUUAUGAAGGUAGAGAACACGAAACAUUUGCAAAUAUUUGGGGUAAUCGAGUGACUCGCUAUAGUUUAUUAUUAGAAAUACGUGAUAAAGAUCAAAAAUUCGAGCCACAUCUACGAGGUGGUAUUGUAACUAAAGUGUACAUCGUCGAUGUAGCUAGAAAGAAGCUUAUUGAAGGGCCACAAACUGUACGAGGUUCGUUUACACAAACAGUAAAAGAAUAUAAGCAAGUAGUAGGAACAAUGUUUAAUAUGGAUCCGGAUGAUAUGAAGAUAGUUAUACAAAAACAUGGAACAGAUGCGAUACUUGUACAGAAUGACGAUGCUAUAUUAGCGGUCGCAGACUUUUAUAACUUGAUUAAAGUUUUCGUAUGUACUUCGUAUGAUGCCGAGUGUAAUAAAUCCUACUUCGAAACAACAAUAUCUAGUAUUGCUGAACAGUUAGAAAACAUUAUAACACUACGUAUAAAGUUACCUCCUAAUCCAAGCAAAGAAAUGUUGGAAGAAUUAAAUAUCCCAAUGUUAGAAGAAGUAAACAAAGAUAAAGAAAAACCUGUGACUGACAGUCCAUCCAAAGCGAGCAUUACUGAAACGCAUCGAGAUAAUGGUACAAAAUGUAACGAGGCUUCAAAGAGCGGAAAAUUUUUUGUUGAAGAUGCUCCAAUAAAAAAUGCAAGUCCACAGUUGGGAGAAGGCGAAGAGUGGCAUACUCCUGAACAAAGUAACAGCGAAGACAGUAGUCUCAGCGAUAGUGACAAAACUUUAGUUGGAGAUGCUCCAGGAGACGAAGAUUUUCAAUUACCAUAUCUUUCAUCGAGUACAAGUAAUCGAGCCAUUAAAAUGUUAAAUCAGGUUAGACUCGAAAACUGGGACAAUAUUAUCGACGAUUCAGAGUAUUAUUUUAAAGCCACUCCAUGUAUCAAUCAUAAUGAGAAAUAAAAACUUAGAGCCGUACGUUGGUGUACCCGCAGAGUAUUUUAAAAUUUGUCGUUACUUUGAUGAAUGUAGUGAAUCAGAGUGUAGCUGUUUACUUAGUCAACUUGUUUCUUAUGAAGAUGGAGAAAAACUUUGGAUAGAAAUAGGACGGGCUUUACGUAAUGGUGAAUUUACAGUAAAAUUACAUCAAUUUUCUCUUGACUCAGCCGAGGGCAAAUUUUUGUUCGAAUGGAUCGUUUCGGAAGAUAUGACUGUCGGACAGGCGAAGAAAGAAAUUCUUGCAGAAAUGAAAAGAAGAUAUAACAUAGAAAUACCGUACGAACGAUGUCGAUUAAGGGAAAAGUUUUUCUUGUCACCUUCAAAAGUACUUUUAGAUCAUCAAAAGUUUAAAGAUUUCCAAUAUUAUUCGCAAUUUGAAAUGAUUGUACAAGAGUUACCUGAUAAGGAUCCAGUUACCAACAGUAAUCAAGUCAUUAUAUUUGUUCGACGUUGGACAAAUCUUAUUUCAAAAAUUCAUCUUGGACCACCUCAAGAAAUCGUAUUAGAUGAGACAACUAUAGAAGAAAUGAUGAAAAAGUUGUCUUUAAUAUCGGAUAUACCUGAAAAAUAUAUAAAUAUUAUAAGAGGAAAAGGUUCAGUACAUAUGCCUACUAUACGAAUUGAGAAUGAUCAAGACUGGAUUGGAUUAACAGCUGGAGCGGAAUUUAAUCCUGAGGAUGGUGCUCUGUUCUUAUAUAGAGAUAGCAGGGAAACCUCACAACCAUCAUCCCAAGAAGAAUACAAUGAUAUCGCAAUUCGAGAAGUAUCACCUUUUUUACCACUUUCCUCUGCGUCUCGUUACAAUGCACGUAAAGAGAAAGCGCUUAGAAUAUAUUUGGAUGGUGAAUGAUCCUCUAUUAAACAUAAGUACUCUGAAAAACAAUUGUCAAAUAGGCAUGUGUGGGAACAUGAAACGUUUGCGUACAAAGUGAUUACAUCGUGUCAGGUAUUUGUGAAAUCGAGUACUCAACAAUUACAAAAUAUUCUGUGCUUCAGUAAGUCUUCAAUAUUUCAAAGCUUCCGUAUCUUUAAAGCCUUUUCGUUCUUGAAAUCAUUCGGAUUCGUAAAAUUGCUCGAAUUUGUGAAAUAUUACACGUUACCGAGAGAUUUUAGACCUCGAUUAUCUCGCUUCAUUUCGAUGUGUUUCGAGACUGUAAGAAUCAUAAAACUCCCAAUAAAUGGAUUACUGAGUUAUAGAAUCUCAUUCAAGAGCACAAAUACUGAUGAAAAUAAUGAAAGUGCUAAAUAGGAAUAAAUUACAAAAGAGAAGAAGGGAAAGAAAUUGAAUUGCUUGGUGAUAAUCCGAAUUUAAACUAUGGACUUCUUACGAUACGUGUAUAUGUAACUGACGUAUAUAUAUACACGUCAUAUAUACAUAUAUAUGACGUAUAUAUAUAUAUUUAGAGUUCCUGCAGCUACAUUAUUUUCAUAAAUUCCUUGAUAUAUUUUUUAACCCUAAGAAUUUUGAUAUUUUCACAUGUCUCUGUAUCAAAACGUUUUAGUAAAUCGUCUUAUUUAAAAUAUUAAAGAAUUUUAAUGUCGAAAUGCAGCACAGAGUAUAUUCAUUUGUUGAUUAAAACAAAAAGGGAAAAAAAAGAAAGAAGAGAAAAAAACAUUUAUCUGACACAACAAUAAUUAACCCUUUUAAUGCCAGUAUAGAUUAAAUUGCAUUCUUACAAUAUAAUACGUAAUAUAAGUCUUGAGUUCAAUAAUUGAUAGUAGUAGUGUCUGGAUUUAUUUGGAAAUUACUACUUAAAAGCUUGUUAAUUUCGAAUAUAUGUAUUUUACCAAGUUUAUUGAUAAUUUUACAUUUUGUAUCAUAUAAUUUUACAUUUCACAAUACUUUUUCACAUAUAAAGUUGGCGUUAUUACUAUCAAGUUAUAAAAAAAAUAUAUAUUUAUCGAUAUGAACAUAAAGAUUCGUUAUGACCAGGCAUGUAUCCUAUACAGUCUGUUUUAAUUUAUUUAAUUAUCUAUGUUUAUCAUUCACUAUAUAUUAUAAAUAUAUGAAAAUUUGUGCCACUAGAAAACAAACCAAAAAGUACAUUUAGCCAUUUUUUGGCAUUGCUGCCAUUUCCUACAAAUGAAGUUUUCAAUGAAAAUAAGAGAUUCUUGGAAAGAAGUUCACUAAAUUUACAUUUUGUAGAUCAAUGCUUGUAAAUAAUAAACUUAUAAAUUAAAUAUUAUAUCUUUCUUCAUAUCAAUAUCAUCGUAAUAUAAACAGAAAUAUAUAUAUAUAUGUGUGUGU